AUGUGGUAUUCUCAACUAUCCUCAUGGACUCUGGGCCUGGCCCUGGUGACAGGGGUCUUGGCUUCUCCCCUUGAGAAACGAGCAGCAGGAUCUCGGCUAGUUAUUGACUCCGACUUCCCCGAUCCCAGCUUUGUGGGCACCCCCGAGGGAACUUGGUAUGCAUUUGGCACCAACGGAAAUGGGAAGCGCGUGCAGGUCGCUACUUCGCCAGACUUCAAGACGUGGACUCUCACGAACAAGGAAGCAUUGCCUACUCUUGCGGGGUGGGAAACAGAGAUUGAUCAUUGGGCUCCUGACGUAGUCCAACGCAAAGAUGGAAAAUACGUGCUGUACUACUCCGGCGAAGCCAAAGAGAUGGUUAGACACCACUGUGUAGGGGUCGCCGUUUCCCAGGGCACAGAUCCAGCCGGGCCCUACAUCCCCAACCCCGAACCUCUAUCAUGCCGCCUCGACCAAGGCGGCUCGAUCGACCCCGCCGGCUUCCUCGACAAGGAUGGUAGUCGAUACGUCGUCUUCAAAGUGGACGGCAACAGCAUCGGCAACGGCGGCGACUGCAACAACGGCAUUGAGCCUUUGAAACCGACCCCCAUUCUACUGCAGAAAGUCAAGGACGACGGAUUCACCCUCGACGGGCCAGCCGUGCAGAUCCUGGACCGCGACGCCAGCGACGGACCGUUAGUCGAGGCGCCCAACCUCAUCUUACACGGUGACACAUACUUCCUCUUCUACUCCACCCAUUGUUUCACCGACCCCAAGUACGAUGUGCGCUAUGCGACCUCGAAAUCCAUCACGGGGCCGUAUGUCAAGAACGGCCACAAGCUGUUCAAGACUGGCGAUUACGGCCUGACUUCCCCUGGGGGAGGCACGGUCUGUGGCUGCGGCGAUCGUAUUCUCUUCCAUGGGUUCUGUGAUGCCAAUAAGAGUAAGCGAUGUACGUAUGCUGCAGAUCUUUCGAUCCAAGGGGACAGCGUUACGGUUUUAUGA